AAAAAAAAAAUUCCCCAUCAAAAUGAGUCAAGUAAGCUACAAGAGGGUGGCUGGCGGGAAGAGGAGCCAUGGAAGCGGUGGCAGAGUUUUCAGGCUGAACUCGAGGAGAUUCUCGGUUCAAGGUUUGAGGACGAGGUUUUUUUGUUUGUUUAGGUUGUUGAGUAGAUUGAAGGCUUCGUAUGGGAGAGCUGUGCGAUUGUUAAAGAACGGUGUGCAGAGGAAGAAUGGGAUGAUGAUGAGGAGAAAUAACAGCAGCGGAAGCCGGAGGAAUUUGGUGGUGAUGAAGGAGGCUCCGGUCACCAGGUUGAGGUCGUUCGGGCGGUCUAACUCUUUCUAUGCCGAAGCUAUAGCUGAUUGCUUGGAGUUUAUCAAGCGGUCUUCUUUUUCCGUUGAGCAAAUUCAAGAUCCUGUUUGUGAGAAAUAAUUAAGCUUUGAAUUUUUUUUUUUUUUUGAUGUUGUUAAUUAAUGUUUAUAUUGUUUUGAGUUGUUUUUGGCCUGGAUUUUCCUGUAAAAAAAGUGAGAAAGUUGAAGAAUUAAGGUAGAUUUCCCCC